ACGAACAAGAAUGGACAACGAGCAAAACAAUUACGGAAGAUAACCACAAAACGAAGGUGGAAAUUUAUGAAAAACUGUGAAAAUCGCGUGUGAAAUCGGUGGCGCAUUGAAAAUGGUGCUGCGAUCGGGAAUUAUAAUUCCGUUUCAGUUCCGCGACACGAAGAAGCUUCUGAUGAUAGGAGUGCCCGAGGAAAAUCGCAACCUCAACAUAUGGGAUCUAAAGAAUGUUGUGCGCGCCGCCUUCGGGAUCUACAACUUUGAGUUCCGGAACAAAAAGAUUGGUUUUAACAUCCCGGAUGAACUGCUGCUCCAUUAUCUGGCCCAAAGGCACGACCUCACCAAUUUCGUUAUAGAAAUCAGUCAAGCCUUGGACGAUGGCCACGCAAAGGAGCUGCUCUCCUACGAGCCCUCCUGCUCAAUGUCCGCCUUAAAGCAGCACCACCUCCAACAACAGCAGCCGCCUCAUCAGGCACACCCCCACCAACUUCCGCAUCAGCAUCAUGUGCCACUGCCACAGCGAUCCAACGAAAGUGCUUCCCACCAUGAAUAUGUUCCCGGAUCGCAGCCAAAUUCUCCCGCUCUGGGCUUAAACAGUGAGCCAGUGGACUCGCCGCUGGACCAGCAGGCCAACAAUUCUGGUCCGGAGCCAGCAGACAGUGCCCAAAAACUGCGUCUUAGCCAAAACUAUUCGGAACGUACGCCGGAAUCGCUAACCCAGUCAAUAGACCCAAUGGACAUUAUACCCAAAGCCGAGUCCGAGUCGGAGGUAGAGCGGCUGCAGAGGGCGUCACGGUUUUUAGCGCGACAGGAGCAGCAGCACCAAGUGCAACAGCAACAGCAGCACCAGCCACAGUUACUUCCGGGUCAGCAGAUAUUUUCCAACUACACGCACACACUACCGCCGAUGAAUGCACCAAAUCCGUCGCAACAAGCGCCGUACACUCCGGGCCUAAUGAGUCGCUUUAGAAAACGCGGAGAGCGGAUGUCUAAGGAUCAAAAGGAGCUGUAUGUGAAGUUUUUCGAGGACAACCCUUGCAUGCUAUCCAACCACCGCCGUCACGAUGGACUUACCGAACCUCUGUGGGCAAAGUUGGCCCACAUGUUGAACAGUGUGCCACAAGGUGCUGUGAAAAAUGUGGAGGACUGGAAGCAGACAUUCGAUGCCUGGCGCUACCGCAUAUUCAUGUACACGCGUUACAACUCCAAGCUGAGCAUGUCAGAGACUAGCGAUCCUAAGAACUUCAAGCCCCUGACCGCAACCGAUCAGAAGGCAUACGCGAUGUGGACUAGUCACAAACACAUAGCGCCGCAGGAUUACGAUAAAAUGGACAUGUUCGUCCCCCUAGAUGAAGCCACCACAGCCACCAAUAGCUACGAUUACUAAGUGCAUAAGGGAUUUAAGAGCAAAGAUAUGCAGCUGUUGAUCUGUACUUUAACUAGUGCUAAGCAAAAAAUACAAUAUAUUUAGG